UUAUCAAUACUCAGGUCCGCAAGCACCAGCAACAGCAUGAACUUGGAGGAACCAUGCACGCCCCACAGCAACACACACUUCAGAAGAAUGGAAAGAAACGUCAAGAUGUGCUGAUGUGGAGCAAUAUUCUAUGUUUGUUUGAUGUGAUAAGCAUUAAGGAAACAUUAUUUGAUAACAAAUUGGAAGAUUUGAUGAUGCUAAAAUAUAAGAAAUAUUAUAUUAGAUAAUAGGAAAAUAUUAUUUGAUAUAUAUCUCGGUUAAUCCUAUAACUAGGUUAGAGCUUUUGACAUUGUUAUUCUAAGAGAGAAACACAAAAGUUUUGGGGUUUCAUAGCUUAGUAAACUGAGAUCAUUAAUCAACAGGUGUUGAGUCAAGCAAGGUGGAUAAAUUAUGAAUCAAUAUGUGUUGAGUCGUGUAAUUCGAAUCAAGUAAGUAUGUAAGAGAUCCUGUAAAGGAUUUCUAAUAAAAGAGAUAUGUGUUAUUAGAACUAUUUUCUGCCUUUUGUUUUUACUGAAUCUCGAAUCUAAAAUAAUAUCCUUAUACAGAGGGUCAAAGAUUACAAUGCUUAAUAAUCAACCAUUACAAUGGUUAGUAACCAAGCAUUACAAUGGCUAGUAAGUAUCAUAGGUGAAAUGGUUUAUCAUAGUUGUAGUAGUUCGUCUCUAAAGACUACAAUCACCGAUAGUUGUAAUAGUUUAUACAUAUAAUGUUUUAAAAUAAUUAAAUUACCAAAACUCAAAUUACCUGAAUAUUUAUAGACAAAUUUAAUAUUCUUUAAAUGUAUAUCAAAUAGAUACGAAAAUGAACUAAAAUAAGAAAAAAAAAAGAUAUAUCCUAUUAUGAGAAUCCUUUAAAAUAUAUGCAACUUUUAAAAUGAAAAACACAUCUUUAUAUUAAAAGAUAACUUUUAAAAACAUAUAAUUUUUUUGUUAUAAACAAACACAUUCUUAUACAUAUUUUACAAUCUUGUUUUGGUAAUUGAAUUGGAUAUCGCAGGGAACAAUAGGCUUCAAGACAGUCUCAAGACCAGGAUUGUUGCGUGAUAAGCUCAUGAACUACGCCGUCAGACGUUUUUUUCUGACGGCAUGAAAAGCUCAUGAAACUGCAUUACACGUACGUUCAGAGUUGUCAUAAACGUUUUGUAUUGUAAUAAACGUCUCUAACUAAGACCAUCAGUUACAAAGAAAGACCAGCAGUUACCAACGUACUUAUGUUUUAAUGCUUUUUAUUACGUUCUUUCUCCGAGUUUUCUUAUAUUUAAGCUCUCUGUUUUCGUAAGUAAAUGAGAGUUUCAGACAACAUCCCUCGGCUAAGAUCAUGAGACAAGAUUUAAGCUCCAUUAACAUGUCCUCCUAACAUAUGGACUAAUCUAACAGCUGAAGCAAAUGGGUAACAGAGAAGAUCCGAAAUACUAAUUUUCUCUUUUUUCUGGAACUACUAGGUUGGAGUUUGAAACUUCUCGUACGUUUUGGCUUGCUUGCAUUUCUGGAAAAAAAAUAACCCAUUUGCUAAAACCAUAAACUGAGGCUAAUGGGGAAGGGGGAAGGGGUUAAAGAUACAUCAGCUUCUAAUUUAAGACCUACAAACCAAUGUAGGUCUCUUUUACCAAUGCGGGUGCUUCAGGUUUUCUUGAUGCUCGUUGUUUUGGCUCUUGGAAUCUCAGUCGUUAGCAUGCACAUGAUCAAGUACUUGAAGGUUCAAACUUUGGCUCCUACCACAUUGAUCUCUACGAGUGAUGAGAUAACUACAUUGGAGAGAUUUAUCAAGCCUCCAUCGAGUGUUUGGCACUCCAUGAAUGACUCCGACCUUCUUUGGCUUGCAUCUAUGGAGCCACGGAGAUAUGACCACCCUUUUAAAAGGGUUCCUAAAAUGGCAUUCAUGUUUCUCACCAAAGGUCCAUUACCAUUUGCUCCACUUUGGGAAAGGUUUUUCAAAGGGCAUGAAGGGUUUUACUCAAUAUACGUUCACACAUUGCCAGAUUAUAAAUCGGAUGUCCCUAGCUCAUCUGUGUUUUACAGAAGACAGAUCCCAAGUCAGCAUGUGGCUUGGGGAGAGAUGAGUAUGUGUGAAGCUGAGAGAAGGCUUUUGGCUAAUGCGUUACUGGAUAUCUCUAAUGAAUGGUUUGUUUUGCUCUCUGAAGCUUGCAUUCCUCUCCGCGGUUUCGAGUUCAUCUACAAUUAUGUCUCCAAAUCAAUAUAUAGUUUCAUGGGUUCUGCUGACGAGGACGGGCCUUACGGAAGAGGCAGGUACAGCUAUGCAAUGGGACCAGAAGUCCAACUAAGCCAGUGGAGAAAAGGGUCUCAGUGGUUUGAAAUCAACAGAGAACUUGCUCUUUACAUUGUUGAAGACAUCAAUUACUAUCACAAAUUCAAAGAGUUUUGUAGACCUCCUUGUUAUGUGGAUGAACAUUACUUCCCAACAAUGCUAUCUAUUAGAUAUUCUCAUUUGCUGGCGAAGAGGACAUUAACUUGGACAGAUUGGUCAAAAGGUGGUCCUCAUCCGACUCUUUUUGGGAAGUCUGUUAUAACAGAGAUGUUUCUCAAGAUGAUUCAGGAAGGUCAGUCCUGCUUAUACAAUGAUCAGAAAUCUCAAGUGUGUUAUCUCUUUGCAAGAAAGUUUGCUCCAAGUGCAUUGGAGCCAUUACUCAAACUUGCACCAAAGGUUCUUGGGUUCUAAUGGAUGUGCUUUUUGAAUUUUUGAGUGUAACUUUGAUUUAGCAUGGGCACAACUGAUCAUUAUUGUCCACUUCCGCAUUUAUAUAUAGAUGUUUAUUUUGUCGCUCAAUGAAAUUUAACUUUACA